UCUUCCGUCGGUACAAAUUACAGAAAUUGAAACCUUCUCCGCCAAUUCAUCUUCUUUUCUCUGAUCUUUCUUCUUCGCGAUUUUACAAUGACACUGCUAGUGCUAGCUCUCUGAAAUAAAUUUUGCAACUCUUGGUCCAGUCGUUCAUGCGUCGUUUUGUCCUGCUCUUAAUAAGUUUUAGAAGAGUUUUUGUUGCCUUAAACCAGAUCUGCUUUCAUCUUUUCUUGAUCCCAUUCACCGCUUUGGUGUUUGGUCUGGCAUUCCGAGAAUUUUUUCACCAUUGCAAUUCGAAUUCUUUGAUUAUAAAGUUAGAGUUUUUGUUUACACCAAAAGGAAAAAGAACGGAUUUUGUCCCUCUCUUUGAGCUUCAUUCCAAUGGAUUCCUCCCAUUUGAUAAUUGACAGACUUCAUAUAUUUUAAGUUUUGACUGUUUUGAAUUUGUGGGUUUGGCUUAAAAAUGGUAUCCGUGAAUCUGGGGAUGCUCCAUUAUGUGCUGGACCAUGUUUAUGGUGCGUUUGUGCACAGAACGAGGAUAAGCCCACCAUUUUUUUCCAGAGGAUGGGGCGGAAAUAAGCUUGAGCUUUUGGAAAGAAUGAUUAAGCAAUGGUUCCCGUAUGUUGAUGGAGAGAACUGGCCUCCUGUAUUGGUUGAACCCGUUUGGAAAACAGUUUGGGAAUCCAAGAGUGCUGUUUUGAAAGAAGGGAUUUUUAGGACUCCUUGUGAUGACGAACUUCUUAGUGCAUUACCUUCUGAGAGUCACACUGCUAGGGUUGCUUUUCUUGCCCCCAAAUUUGUGCCUUCCCAGAGUUUGGCUUGUGUAGUUCACUUAGCAGGCACUGGGGACCAUUCUUUUGAACGAAGACUGAGACUUGGUGGACCAUUGCUGAAGGAGAAUGUAGCAACUAUGGUGCUUGAGAGGUAGAGUAAAUGGUGCCC